CAUAUAGAUAGCUAAUUUUUUCCAGCUAGGAUAUCUACUUAUAUCGCUGAAGUCUACUAGAAAAGCCUAUAAGUUUCAACAACUUCCACUUCACCAAACAGCUCUACUGCUGACACCUCCUUGUAUCUCUGCUGGGUCUUUUUCUGCUCCCUUCGCUACCGUUUCCAGACCCAUAUUUGCAUCGCUGGAUUCCCCAAAUUCAGGAGAUGCAACAAGCACAACAACGGGCCUCUUCUGUGGUGAGAAUGAAGCUGCCCUCUGCUUCCACGACCGGGAUCUCCAGCUUCCCCUCUUCUCUCCAGAACAGCCAUGCUAAGACUACUUCCUCGAGUAAAGGCUCCAGCUCUUUUUUCCACUUCACGUUGGUAGCCAUCUUGUACAAGUUGGCUCAGCUUGGAAUCGCCUUCAUUCUCCACUUACUCGUACCUUCUUCCAGCAACUUGGUGUUGCCCAGUGAACCUGAAUCUUCAGGUGGCAAGUCGGAGAAACGUUUGUUUCCAUCUAUUAGUAAUCCUAUUAUCCAACACGAACAAGUCAAAGAUGAAACCGAUGAUGCCGACGCAGUCAUCGAAAGGCCCUCUACCCCUGUUACCAAUGUAGCCCAGCCCUGUUCGACUGGUCUUACCACCCGUUUGCUUCCUUUUAAGAACGCCAAGGGUGAAAUUGAGUGGGCUUUCACAGACGACGUGACUCCCGGAAACGAGUUGGACGUAUUCAAGAUGAGCCGUUUUGACGAAAAGAACGCCCCAAAACCUAAAAACAACAACGAAAAUGAGAACGAAGAUGACAACUUGUCGCCUACGAUUUCCAACUCAUCAAACAACGAAUCCAUCCUCUCUAACAACAGUAAAAAGCUCAAGACUAAGAAGGAGGACGAAGACAACGAACACACAGGAACUCCUUUGACCAACCACUCUUCCCCUUUCUCGCCUGAAGACGACGAUGAUGCCAAAGAAAAAGAGGACUUGUCUUCUUCAUCUUCUGAUAACUUGGCUGAUUCCAACGAAGGUGAACAUGACGAUGUAGAUGAUGAAGACAAAGUACACCAGUGCCCUCAUUGCGAUGCCACCUUUAAGAUCAGAGGAUACUUGACCAGACACUUGAAGAAGCACGCAACAAAGAAGGCUUAUAGUUGUCCUUUCCACAAGUUUAGCAUCUACAUCGACGAGAAUAAUAUCACUCACAAGUGCCAUCCAAACGGUGGCUUUUCUCGGAGAGACACAUACAAGACUCAUUUGAAGUCCAGGCAUUUCAAAUACCCAAAAGGCACCAAAACUAAAGACAGAGCCAAUUCUCCUGGUACUUGUUCAAUGUGUGGCUGCUACUUCCCAAAUGCUGAGAUCUGGUGUGAAUUACAUGUGGAAGGUGGAGAGUGUAAGUUCUUGCCAGAAGGGUUUAAAGGUAAGUCUAGAAUCAAGAACAGAUUGAAGAAACAGUUGUCGAAGCUCAGAAAGUCCGAUGCCGAAGCCAACGAAUUGACAUCGUCUAUAAUCAACUCACAUUACUUGAACGGCACUUCCAUGAAUGGUAACUUGAAUUCGAACAUCAAUGGCAGUAUGAAUGGUAUCUCCAACAAUAAUAUCCAAGAUGUGCCUACUCCAUACAUAAAUACACCCAAUUCAGUACACUCUAUUGGAACUCCAGCACCCAUGAAUAGCAAUCCUCAGUAUGAGUAUCACAACUCGCAGUCGCCGGAAUCUGUAGUAUCUCACACACAGCACAACACUCCCAUGUCCACGAAGUCACCUAUUAGUUACUCACAAAUAUUGCAGGCACAAGUGGCGAACCAAAACUCGCAAGCCCGUACUUUUAUGCAAAAGACUGAUAUGCCCACUUCUAACGACCAUAUGGUACCACAAUUUGAACAAUUCACUAGAAACUCCACACCUGUAAAUGCAGUUGAAGACUAUGACGAUGAAUACUGUUUGGAUGUGGACCAGUUGAACACAGCUUCCUUGAAAAACUACAACGAAGUAGUCGACUUCCUCAAGAACCAGACCCCAUCUACUUUUCUUCAACAGCAGCAGUUCCAACAACCUGCCAAUGACACGCAUCCAUCUGCACAGCUGGCUCAUUUCCUUCAAGAGUACCAAGAGUUACCUCCACAGCCUCAAGUGCAAUACCAACAACAAUACCAACCUUCUCCUAUGCAGCAACAAUAUGCUCACACGUCGUUUAAUCAGGGCAUGUACCAAGCUUAAGUUAAGGUUCGUAUCCUACAUUCCAUCCAUCAUGAGCGACGUUAAUUAUUCUAUUCACCUUCUAUAUUUGGGUAAUCUAUGGGUUCAUUUCAAUAGCGAUCAUCACAGAUGAUAUUCAGUGAAGUCUGUCUUUUUUGUAUAAUACUACGGUUUUAGGUAUUACAAAUAUAUUUUCAAUACAGAGAUUUCGU